UCCCAAUUCGCACCACACUCGAACCCUGCGGCCACUUUCCGUCUCCUCGCUCCAACACAAUCCUCCCCUCCGCUGUUCGUUUAAAGGCUUUUUGAGGAGAAAUAGGAGAAGAUUACUGAUGGCAGCUUCAGCUGAAGAAUAUGCGGCAUUUGAAGAAAGGGUGAGAAGAACAGUCUAUAUGGAUAAUCUGUCACCUCAGGUGACAGAGAAUGUUCUGAAAGCCGCUUUGGAUCAAUUUGUCAAUGUCGUAAAUGUCCAAUUCAUUCCCAACUAUAUCAAUCCAAGCCUCCCACGAGCUGCUUUGGUGGAGAUGGAAACUCCGAAUCAGGCCUCUGCGAUCAUUACUGAGAUGGCUGAUUCGCCCUUUAUGGUUCUUGGGAUGCCAAGACCUGUCAGAGCAUGCGCUGCAGAAGUAGAAAUGUUUGACAGUCGUCCAAAGAAACCUGGCAGGAAGAUCACUUACAAGUGGCUGGACCCCGAAGAUCCUGAUUUUGAGGUUGCCAGGAAGAUGGAGGUUUUGACCGGAAAGCAUGCUGCUGAAACCGAAUUCCUGCUCAAUCAUCAACUGAAGGAGGAGGAAAACCUUGCAAACCAGCAGCUGGAGACCUUGAAAGCGCACUAUAAGAAAUACGAGUUGAUAGAUGGUGUCCUGUCUGACAAUACUGCCAAGAAAUUAGCAGAUCGAUACAGGACACGUCUCUCAGAUGCUUGAAAGAGUUCCUCUUCAAUUUGAUUUAGCAUGUGAACAUUUGUGGUAGCUGUAUAUGCUGUUUGCGCUUCGUUUUGUAUAUAAGUUUUGUCGCUGGAGGUGAUUUGGCAUUCACUGCAAUCUUAAAAGAGCUUAGAUUAGUUGCAGGCUUCUGCUUAUUGUUGAAGGAUCUGCUUUUCCUUGCUAUAUUUGGUAAAUUUUUUCUUGUUA